GUUUUCAACAUUCAUUUAUUGUCAGGAACAACAAAUAGGACACAUGAAAUGACGAAGAAGAAGAUGGAAACAUUUUUAGUUCUUACACUGGGAAUCGUUCAAAAACCGACCAAACGAUGUCAGAAUCCGGAAAAUAAGAAUACAAAGGAUCGUUUUCUAGUUUUCCCCAACUAUGAACCGGUCCACAAUCGUAUUCUUCACCGGUACAAAUUAAAUGAAUAUCCUCCAUCGGCCGUCUCCCGUAGUUUACUCCGUCUACGAGUAAUUUACGUUGUGUGAGUAAGUGUCGUUUGGUUUUAUUCAUUGUAGACCGAUUGAUAUAUUAAUGAACGCGAUUCUCAACACUUCUACCAAAUCUCAAAUUAAAGCAAUGUUGUUUCAAAUGUGUGACGAUUACUUUGCUCUUAAACUAUACAUAUUUGAUUUUCAUUAUAUGUUUCCAUUACUUCCAUUACGGUCCAUGGCCUGGAAAUGCCUAUGUAAUUUACAUAUAAACGAGCAGAAGAAAAACGCCAGUAAACGUUUAUUGACGGUUGAAACGUGUCAUCAUUAUUUGAAUAUAAAUGCUAAUGAAGUGCCUAGAUAUCGAUGUGAUUUUAAGUGCUGUCCUCCAAUCCGAGAUGCAGAAAAUCAAAAGGCACUUUGGAAUGGUUUAAAAUCGGGUGACAUCGAUAUGAUUGUUUCCGAUCAUUCGCCAAGUACAGUUGAGAUGAAAUUGUUAGUCCCAACUGGGCGCAACUAUGGCAAUUUUAUCAAAGCAUGGGGUGGAAUUUCAUCCGUUCAGUUUGGUUUAUCGUUAUUCUGGACAAAUUGUCAGACAUUUGGUUUGAAUAUCAACGAUUUGCUUCGUUUAAUGUGUGAGGAACCAGCAAAACUGUGUAAAUUUAAUGAUCGGAAAGGAAAAUUGGCAAAAGGAUACGAUGCUGAUUUGUGUAUUUGGAAUCCAGAAGCUGAAUUCACGGUCACACCAGACAUUAUUCAUUUUCGCAACAAAUCCAACCCAUACAUGGGAAAACGAUUGAAGGGAUUAGUGCAUGCAACAAUCGUGCGAGGACAGUUUGCCUAUAAACGCACAACGGGAGAAAUAUUUAAUUUCGUUGGCCGUUUAUUAAGAUAAAUUAUAAUAAAAUUCAAAUAAAAGAUUUAAUUCGAAAUGUUAACCGACACGAAAGUUA